AUGGGGAACGAGGACAGGGUUAUGGAGCCUUUCCGGUCGGUGAGCGCCGAGCUGACUGACCCAAGCAUUGUGAAUGGUGCUGGGGACGUCAUCAAAAAGUGGGUGCAGCAGGUGACAGAGAUUAACCGUGACGUGGAAGACAUGCUGGAAGAGACCAGCUCCAGCUCCAGCAGCAGCAGCAUCCUCUCCAUGAUAGCGCCGGCAAUCAACAUCUUUUUUGCUCGCCGCCGGAUGGCCAAGCAAGUCAAGCAUAUCAACUCCCGCAUAGAUGCCAUCAAGCUAAGGUUGUCACUCCUCGCCAACCUGGACGACAGGGAGUCCCCGGCGAAUGCCACACGGUACCGGAUGGAUGACCGGCAGCUGGACCCUCUCUCCUUGGAAGUCAAGGCGCUGGGCGUCGACUCAAGCCAGGAGAAGGUAAAACUGUGGCUGUUGGGUGCUGUGCCAGGGCUCACAGUGGUUUCUGUCGUGGGCACGGCCGGCGUUGGCAAGACCACUCUCGUGAGGAGUGUCUACAAUGAGCCCCAGGUGAGGGGCCGAUUCCGCUGUCAUGCAUGGGUCACCGUCGGUGCAGCUUUCUCAGCUGCUGUUCUCAAACGAAUAAUGCUGCAAGUCUUCCUGGAGAGGCCGGAGAUGCCUGCCAAUGCUGACUCCAUGGAGGAGAUGCAGCUGGCUGACACGGUGGGCCGCUACUUGAGUAACAAGCCAUACCUGGUUGUCCUGGAUGACUUGUGGAGCUCCGACGUCUGGGAUUACCUGAGCAUCGCGCUGCCGGACAAUGGCCUCGGGAGCCGGAUCAUGGUGUCCUCCCGUGUGCCUGAUAUUGGGAGCCAGUGCCGGUGGGCGUCGGCCGUGCAGGUCCUCAAACACAGCCCACUCGACCGCGAUGACUCUCUGCGGCUCUUCCGUCACGGAGCUUUCUGGUCGACCCACCCUCCGGAGCUGGAGAUCUCCGAGGAGAUCGUUCGUGAGUGCCAUGGCCUGCCCCUCCUGCUCGUUGCCAUGGGCGGGCUGAUGUCCACCAAGGAACAGGCCGUGCCAACAUGGAAGGCUGUUCUUGAAGAGCUGCACAGGACCAAGGACCUUCAGCUCACCCUUCCCUUUGUCCUAUGGUUCGCAUACAAAGACCUGCCGAGCCGUCUCAAGGCAUGCUUCCUCUACUUCGUCCUGUUCCCCAGAACAUACUGUGUCAAGCGCACUGCACUAAUCCGUCUGUGGAUCGCGGAGGGCUUUGUCCAGAAGGAAGUCGGCAAGACACUGGAGGACACCACCGAGGAGUAUCUCAAGGAGCUCAUCAACAGGAACCUUGUCCAGGUGACAGACUACUAUGACUACGGCAAGGUCAAGAGCUGCAGCGUUCAUGACAUGUUCCGCGAGAUCAUCAUCCAUAAGUCGGAAGAGGAGAACUUCGGCGUCUCAGUUACCAGAGAUGUUGAUAGGAUUGGUGCGAAUGUGCGCCGUAUUUCGAUGAUGGAUGCCAAAGAGGACUUCCUCAGCGACGUCAAGGCAAGCAAUGUCCGCACACUAUUCAUGUUGGGCACAAGCUCAGCGGCCACGUCAUCCUUUCUAUUAUCCAUCUCUGGUUACAAGUUGCUGAGGGUCUUGGACCUCGAGGGGGCACCCAUUGAUCACUUGCCUGAAGAGUUGCCUGAUGGUCUCUAUCUGCGAUAUUUGAGCCUGAGAAACACCAAGAUCAGUAAGCUGCCCAAGUCGGUGAAGAAGCUAACUCAACUGCAAACUCUGGACCUGAAAGGAACGUAUGUCUCAGAGCUUCCGCCAGGGAUCUCCAGGCUGCAGAACAUCCAUCAUCUUCUUGCAUACCGGUACUAUAUUGGACUUCACCCGCCAUACUACUACGCGCUCGGUGUCACACUGCCUCAAGGCAUAGGACAGCUGAGGGAGCUGCAGAAGCUGACCUACGUGGAAGCAACACAAGAAAAUGGCAUGCUAGUAGAGCUCGGCAACCUGACACAGCUCAAGAGGUUGGGGAUUGUCAAGCUUAGAGAGGGUGACGGCCCACGCCUUUGCUCCUCUGUCUCCCAGAUGACUGAGCUACUGUCCUUGUUGGCAUCAUCGAUCUCCUUGGAUGAGCCCCUCGAUCUCCGCUCACUUAAUCCUGCUCCUCAGAGGCUUGAACGCCUCUACUUGAGGGGUCAAUUGUUGAAGCUACAAAGCUGGAUCUUCUCCCUCCGCAAUGUUGUGAGGAUCCGGCUCCGGCGGUCCAAGUUGAGCGAAGACUCAGUCAAGGAGCUCCAGUCUCUCAGGCAUACGAUGGGGAGUCCCUGCACUUCAGUGAAGGUUUCAGUAGGCUUCAGAUACUAG